AUGAAUGUUGCAUUGAAUCAAUUAUUGCAGUUGGUUAUCGAGUCGUUCGGAUCGGACCGAUUUCGUUCUGAUGGAAUUCAUGUUAGCGAACCGCUACAAGUUUUAGUGAAAUUAUUCGUUGUUGAAGAACGAACACUUGAUUAUAUUCUUAACCAUGCUGAAACGAAAUCCUCCUCGAAUUUGGUGUCGACAAUUUGUUUGUUUAUUGAAAUCUUUCUUCAAUUUAGUGAUUCGUUGAAACAAUCGGAUCGUGUCGAACAAUUUACAUUGAUUGCAAUUACGAAUGUUCUAUGGAGUAUCUCGUUUCUUCACUAUUCCAAAGAAGAAUUUCUCAAAAACAAGUUGUUCAUUCGAACAAUUAAGAAAAUCAAUGAAGAUUUAGAUGAAAAUGACAUCAUUCAGCAGUAUAAACCAAAAUCAAUGGAGAAUAUUCAACAAGCGAUUCAAGGUAUUUUACAUAAUCUGGAUUUUCAGCAAGAAUCAAUUCAUUCAACUCAAAAUCGAACUGGUCAAAAAUGGAUCAUGAUAAGUUAUUGUCACGAAAAUAUUGAUUUAUGCAAUGAAAUCUCGAAAUAUCUGAAAAAUUCCAUAAAAGAUUUGAAUAUUUGGAUCGAUCAAACCCACACAAAUGGUUCAGUAGAUCUUUGGGAAUCCAUCGCCCAAGGAAUCGAACAAUCGACUGCAGUUUUAUGUUUUCUCUCAGAAGAAUAUUUUCAAAGUAAAUCAUGUCGACAAGAAUUUGUUUAUGCAAAUGAUUCUCUGAAAAAACCGAUCGUUCCGAUAUUGAUCAAAAGCUUUCAACCAAAAGGAUGGUUAGGUAUUCGAAUGACCGGGUUGAAAUACAUUCGUUUCAAAGAUGAAAAUCAGUUGGAAGAAAAGAAAAAAGGUGAACUACUGAAUACAAUUCUUGCAUUAUUAUCGAUCAAAACAGGUGAACCAAAGGAAAAUCUUUCGGCUUCUUGUCUAAUCGAUGAAAUUCCAUCGAACUCCUCCAAUGAAAUAAAACGAUGGUUUCAAUCAAACCGACUUUCGAAGGAUUUUUACGAUUUAUUUCAAUUCGAAACACGUGAAGAACUAUUGGAUUAUGCACAAUUACUAUUCAAAGACCCAGAAAGACAAAUGAACAUUUAUGACAAGAUUUAUUCACAAAAAUAUCACGGAAAACAAAUGGCUCCACAUGAAUUUCUUCGCUUUACGAAAGCUUUACAACAAUUCGUCCAAGCUGAUUCGAAUUCAGUGUCAUCAACACAACUCAAAUCCAAAACAUGUGUUCUAUCCUGA